AUGUCAACUGUUAAAGUAUACGAUUACGAAGAAAUUGCAAAACAUACUACUCAUGAUGAUGUUUGGGUUGUUAUAAAUGGGAAAGUAUAUAAUGUAUCAUCAUAUAUUGAUGAACAUCCAGGUGGUGAAGAAGUUAUAUUAGAUUGUGCUGGAACUGAUGCUACAGAAGCUUUUGAAGAUAUUGGACAUUCAGAUGAAGCUCAUGAAAUUUUAGAAAAAUUAUUUAUUGGAAAUUUAAAAGGUGCAAAACCUGUAGAAACUAAAAGAGCUCAAUCUUAUUCUACUCAAGAAAGUUCAGUUAAUUUCCCAUUAAUUGCAGUUGUUGUAUUUUUAAUUGCUUUUGGUGCUUAUUAUUAUAAAACUAAUUUUUAA